UUCUGGCUGCCGCCGAGGCGGCGGGCGGCAGAGGGAGGGCAGCCCGGCCGCGCACCGGCUUUCGGGCUGGGGGGGGGGGGGGGGUUAACCGGUAACCUGUCCCGCCGCCCCCGCGCACCAUGGCCGGGCUUCUGCCGCUGCUGCUGCUGCUCCUGCUCCCGGCGGGACCCACCUGGGGCUCCAAGGAGAAGUGCUUCACCAAGAUGUACACGACAAGCGGGGAGUGCUGCAAAGCCUGCAACCUGGGAGAGGGGGUGGUGCAGCCCUGCGGGGUCAACCAGACCGUCUGCGAGCCCUGCCUGGACAGCGUCACCUAUUCGGACACGGUGAGCGCCACGGAGCCGUGCAAGCCCUGCACGCAGUGCGUGGGGCUGCAGAGCAUGUCCGCACCCUGCGUGGAGUCGGACGACGCCGUGUGCCGCUGCGCCUACGGCUACUACCAGGACGAGCCGAGCGGGAGCUGCAAGGAAUGCCGGGUGUGCGAGGUGGGCUUCGGCCUCAUGUUCCCCUGCCAGGACUCGCAGGACACGGUCUGUGAGGAGUGUCCCGAGGGCACCUUCUCCAGUGAAGCCAACUUCGUGGACCCCUGCCUGCCCUGCACCACCUGCGAGGAGAACGAGGUGAUGGUGAAGGAGUGCACGGCCAUCUCGGAUGCCGAAUGCAGAGACCUCCACCCUCGCUGGACAACACACACGCCAUCCCUGGUGGGCUCCGACAGCCCCGAGCCCAUCACCAGAGACCCCUUCAACACCGAAGUGAUGCCCAGCACCCUGGCAGACACCGUCACCACCGUCAUGGGCAGCUCGCAGCCCGUCGUGAGCCGCGGCACCGCCGACAACCUCAUCCCCGUCUACUGCUCCAUCCUGGCGGCCGUGGUGGUGGGGCUGGUGGCCUACAUCGCUUUCAAAAGGUGGAACAACUGCAAACAGAACAAGCAAGGGGCCAACAACCGCCCGGUGAACCAGACGCCUUCGCCGGAGGGGGAGAAGCUGCACAGCGACAGCGGCAUCUCGGUGGACAGCCAGAGCCUGCACGACCAGCAGCCGCCCAGCCAGAGCACCCAAGGGCCAGCGCCCAAGGGAGAUGGGAACCUCUACGCCAACCUGCCACCCAGCAAGCAGGAGGAGGUGGAGAAGCUGCUGGGCAGCUCCGCGGAGGAGACCUUGAGGCAGCUGGCCGGGGAGCUGGGCUACAAAGAGGACCUCAUAGACUCCUUCACCCGGGAGGAAUCACCCGCCCGGGCUCUCCUGGCUGACUGGUCCUCCAAGGAGACGGCCACCCUCGAUGUCCUGCUCGCCGCCCUGCACAAGAUCCAGCGCGGGGACAUCGCCGAAAGCUUGUACAGCGAGUCCACCGCCACCUCCCCCGUCUGAAGGGUGGCCCGGGGCGGCCCCGCGGGGUCCCCUUCUCCCUUCACCCCCUCGCCUCCCCCCUCCCUGGCACCCAGAGCCCCAGAGGGGAGGGUGGGAAGGAAGCGGGGGCUCCCCGGGCCCCCCCCAAUUUACAGUCCUGUACGCACUGACCUCCUGUUUUCGGUAUCGCCCCCUCCCAGCACCGCCUCCCCCUGGCAGCCCGUAAGCUCAGUCCCGCUCAACGCCCAAAGCCUGUCUGCUGCCGGAUCGUCCUCUGCAGCCCCGUGAGGCUGGAUGGACGGACGCAGGAAUGAGCACCGCGCUCUGAGCCCUCUCCUCUCUCCCCUUCCAGCCCCUUCUCCUUAUUCCUUGGGGCUCCGGUUCUCCUCUUCCUCCUGCCCUUCCACAUUGGCUCACCCCGCCGCUAUCUCCUGCUCCCCUCCAAUGCCCUGAAAUCCAGCUGCUUUCCCCAAACCCCAGACGAAGGGCAGGGCUGCGAUGGGUACGGAGAGAACUGGAGCUGCUGUACCAGGAUUUGGGGAAGAAUCUGGUCCUACAGCCGGUCUGCACCAUGGAGGGCGGUGGGCUGGGGGAAAGGACUUGGCUUCCAGCAGCCCAACCUACACUGUGAAAUUUGGGGGGCGCAGCCCCCACGCACGCUCCACAGGGCUGCCAGCGUUUGGUCUCGGUGAGGAGCAGCCGGGACCACCCGAACAUUGAGGGCCAGAAGACUGGGUGCCAUGACCUCCCUGCCAGUGCCCAGGCGUGCUGGAGCUAACACGGGAGGACGCCGAAGGUCUAAAGGGCUGAAAAAGUGCCUGCCCGCAGUGGGGACACGACAAAAGGGCUCUGCUCAUCCUUCCCCCGGCAUCGGCCCCGGCAUCCCCACGCUGCACCGACCUGGGAGCAAAGCCACCCUGCCGCGAUUGCACUGUCCAGGCUCUCCCGCAGAGCCGGCUGGGGCUGGUGGUCCUGACCCCCUGCUUGUAAGGGCUCCUUCUCUUCCAGCACUGUGAAGGGUGGCUCAGAAAUGCCCCUACCCACUCCCCUGCGGGCCCUUUGCCUCCGUCCGGGCACGCAGCGGGUGCUGCCCACCCUCGGUGCACCGACCGCCUCCCCGGGGCAUCCUUGGGUGGCCCCAGCACCUCUUUCUGCUGGGAGCCCACCCCAACCCCGGGGAGGGGACAUCACUCACCGCCUCCAGAGCUAUAAGUGCAUUUUCUUGGCAUAUCAGCUCCCUGCCCAGCACCCAGCUCACUUAUAGGGGAUGCUGAAGAGCAGCCGCCGGGCAGCGGAGCACCCCGUUCCCCCCGCGAGCUGCCACCGAGCAGCCAGCGCGGUCCUGGGGGAUGUCCCCAACACAGCUACAGCUUUGACGUCUCGCUUGCCUGGAGCAUCACGAGGUUUUUGCAGAGGAAGGGCUGUACGGUGAGCUGGUGCGCGGCACCAGCACCGCGUACGUCUGCGCCUACGAACUCCCCCUUCGCCUCUGGAUUCAGCCAGAAACUUUCCUGAAGGCAGAAGGUGAUUUUCCUCCCCUCCUUAAGGAGAUAAGGAAGACUUGUAAAUAAUGUCGUGUUGUUUUACUAACUGCUUGAUGUUUCUACGUGUGACGUGGGGUGACGGCACCCGUCCUGGCCCCUCUGCUCUCCCUCACAGCCUUUCUGCCUGCAAGGCGAGCUUUCGUUUUGCAGCCCAAGUCUUAGGUCCCACCUCGUUUCUGGCCUUAAAGACUCAAUGGGGGGGCAGGGAAACAUGCACACCCCAAAAAUCGCUGCAGCAGGUCCGUGAGAAACUUGGGAACAUGGAAGGAUUUGGCCGCUCCCGCCAGAGCUGCCGGGUGUCGAUAGGGAGAGCUCGGUGCUUUCCGAGGGGUUGGAGGCUGCCUCGAUAGGAUUCAAGUGCCCAGGUCCUUCAAAAGCUUUUGGGAAUUUUGCCUCCUCUAUGCUUUGGAUGAUAAAGCAGCACAGGCUGAAUCUGGAUCUCCAGAAUGGGAUAUUUGACACAUCCUGCCCUCAUGCAGCAAAACAGCCAAGAUCCCUUCGGAGGAACAACCCCUGUGACACUUUGGCUGCCGGCUGCCCAUGCCAAACCUGUUGGUUAGAAACACUUGGCCCCAACAGGGCUGCGAGUCCCACAUCUGAGUCCCGAAUCUCUCCCAUCACUAAAAUCCAAGGAAACCGCCCCAAAUUUGCAACUCUACUUGCAGCAGGCGACUCCGGCUUGCGAACCCCCGGCUGGGGCGCCUGCUCCUGCCAGACCGAGCCAUCCACAGGGAUGCUUUUGGAUGAAUUUAAAUGUUGGUUAUCGUCAGGUUGUUUCCAUCGGUCCCUUUUUUUGGUGAAGCGACUCAAAUACAAACUAAGGGCAACUGGAAUAAAGUGCCCAGAUCAAAAGUGAAACAAACUGCCCGAUUCAGUCUGACAAGCCAACCUGGCCAUACCUUGCCAGCUGGAAACUGCUUUUCUUCAGGACAAUAUUGCCACGGUCUCAGGUUUCAAUUGCCAUAGUAAAGGGAUUUCCUCAGGGCUGAGGAAACGGAGACAAACUCAGCAUCCAAAGAGAAGCCGGGGGAUGCCUCAAAUCCCUGGUUGCAGGAAAUAAA